AUGAAUCACCUCGCCCUUCUUUUCGGCCUUCUCACUCUGUCCCUGGCAGCCCCAACCGCAGAGCCCCUAAACACCGAUAGCGACAUCACCCUUGAGAAGCGCAAAUCCGCCCAAAGCUGCAAGAUCAUCAAUGUCGACCACUACGUGAACUGCCGGUACCAGCCCUCGCUCGAUGCCGGGGAGAUCUUCGGCCUGAAGCGGGGAACCAAGUAUGUCUUUGCCUGCAAGGCAAAGGGAGAUUGUUAUAGUGGGAACUGCUCCUGGGAUCAGAUCACGCUUUAUGGGACGACUUGCUAUGUCAAUGGAUAUUUUACGGAUAGUAACUGUUCUAGUGAAAAACUCCCAGCUUGCUAG